AUGGCGAUAGACGAUCCCGCGCUGAUUGAUAAUGUGUUUUCGAUGAAUCACGCGCCGCCUAACUUGCCGAUUGGGUCCUGCGUGCUGGUGCUUGUCGAUCUCGUGCCCCCGGGCUACGGGGCGCUCUUAGGCACGCCCUUCUUGCAGAAGUACGUGACGGCGUUCGAUGCCACGCCUAACAAGGAGCAGCUGGCGAUCGCCAAGAAGAAGAAGAGCAAGCCCGCGCCGGUGCCAACCCCGGCGCCAGCGCCAGCGGCGUCGUGCUUCGCUGGCCAGGGGGUCAGGUGUCCAGGGGCGGGCAACAUGUGUGCGGGCAACCAGUGCUGCGGACGCACCGAGUCCUCUGGCCACCGCACGUUUCCGUGCCCGUCGGCGGACGACGUCGUGGCGGCAGGCUGCGAGACCCAGGUGAAGGUGGAGGAUUGCCUGAAUUAG